AUCUAUCCGUCCAUCCGUCGGCGAAACGAGCCACAUCCGGGAACCGUGGUGGUGAGCUUCAUUGCAGAUGCGUCGUUGGUCGCUCGUUGCUGCACCGCGGACUUGCAGUACUCGGACGUCGGUGGAAGUGUUCCACCUCAGUUUGCCACCAUUUCUCCGGAGAUUGAACGACGCCGACCGUGUUUCUCAGCGCGCAACAGCAGUGGUCAACAGUUUUAUAUGACGUCUUUAUUUUGGUGGAUCGAAUUCUUGGGACGAGGCAAUCCAGCAAACUACCGGCAACAGAUAGAGCCUAGCAGCUGCACUCUCGAGCCGGACAGGUUUAUGCAUUUCCGGGGGACCCUGACCACCACCACUGGCCGUCUUCACGCUAAACGAGAAGACAGGAGAACAAACACACCUUGUAAUGCAAUUAACAGUUAACCUUCAUAUCCUACCACGGAAUAAUUAGACUGUCCCCGGAUAAACCCCGCCAAAGAUUGCAGCCGUUCCAGUCCUGACUUGUCUUUUCUCUCUCUCACUCUUCUCGACACUCUUUUUUCUCGCUUCAUUCGUCGGCACCUUGUCCCCCGAGCUCUGUCCUGUUGUGUAGUCUCCCUUCCUCUUCCAAACUGCCGCCUCUGUGCCAAAGAGUCGGCCGUGCUCCCCUCCGUCGUCCGGUGCGUGGUCGCGAGUCAUCCCAGACUCGUCGUGUGACGGCAACCCUGUCUGCCCAAUCGUGCAACCCUGUUUCCCCGGCCUCCCACCCUCGGCAUCACCGCCUAGUAGCCCUCCUUUGGGACCCCUAGCUCUCGCAAAACGCAAGUCCCGUUCUUGUUGUCAUUGUUGUGGGUGUCUUCGUCGACCUCCUCUCCACAGUCUUCUGCCCUCUCUGACUGGUAGGUGUGGCCGCACUGCUGUCGGUUGAUUAGUGUCGUUGCCGAGACUUCGAGCGUCAUCCCCGUUUCCCGCUUCUGCUGUUUGUUGAGAAGCACUUGCUUGAUCCUCCACGAAUCGUUGCCAUGGGGAGCGUCAACGUGAAUCGCAGCCUGACGGACCAGUUCUACCGCUAUAAGAUGCCCAAGAUCAUUGCCAAGGUGGAGGGCAAGGGCAACGGCAUCAAGACGGUGCUGGUCAACAUGUCAGAGGUGGCCAAGGCACUGAACCGGCCACCCACCUACCCGACCAAGUACUUUGGGUGCGAGCUGGGCGCCCAGACCCAGCUGGACGCAAAGAAUGACCGCUACAUUGUCAACGGCGCCCAUGAGGCGGCGAAGCUGCAGGACAUCCUAGACGGGUUCAUCCGCCGCUACGUCCUGUGUGCCUCGUGCGACAACCCGGAGACCGUACUGGGUGUCCUGCAGCGCAAGGGUGUCAUCACCACCAAGUGCCGCGCCUGCGGACAUUCAGGCACCCUGGACGGGGCCCACAAGCUGAAUACCUUCAUCCUCAAGAACCCGCCGCCCACGCAGGAGGGCCCCAAGGGAUCCCAGGCAGCAGCUGUGGCGGCAGCUACUGCCGCCGCCAAGGACGCUGGGGCCGCCAAGGGCAAGACCAAGCGCAAGUCUCGCGACGAGCGUCGCUCGACCACCGAGGCUCCUGGCAAGCUGCAGAACGGUGGCGGGGGCGAGGACCAGCAGCACGAGUCGGACCCACAGGACGACGACUGGGGCGACGACGUCGACGACGACUGGGCCGAGGACACCAGCGAGGAUGCCAAGGCUCGGCGGCUGGAGGCCCUGACGGCCGGUGCCAAGGGUCUGAUGCUGGACGACGACCUGGAGAAGACUGAGCAGGAGCGCAUGGACAUCUUCUACAACUAUGUCAAGGCCCACAAAGCUGCUGGCGCCCUGGAUGGCAAGGAGGUGGUGGGCGAGGCCGAGCGCCUCGAGGUUCGCGACAAGGCCCCGCUGGUGCUGUGCGAGCUGCUCUUUGAUGAGAACAUCCUGAGCCAGGUGGCUGGGCAGCGGGCCCUGCUGCUGCGUUUCACCCAUGGCAACCACCGGGCACAGCGCUAUCUCCUCGGGGGCAUCGAGCAGGUGGUCAAGGAGUACAGCGCAGCCCUGCUUCCGCGUGUGCCCCACCUGUUGAAGCUGCUCUAUGACCAGGACAUUGUGGAGGAGGAGGUUCUUCUGGACUGGUCCAAGCGGGUCUCCAAGAAGUACGUAAGCCGAGAGGUGGCCCAGGAGAUCCACGAGCGGGCCCGCCCCUUCAUCAAAUGGCUCCAGGAGGCCGAGGAAGAGGAGAGCUCCUCCGAGGGCGACGGGGAUGACUCCCAGGAUGAGAACGUUGAGGUGGUCUACUCGGACCGUCACAUCAGCACCAGCAUCCAGGAGGUGAAGGAACAGCCCAAGGCACCACCUGCCAACAAGGCCGCACCGGCCAAGGGGGCAGACGAGGACGACAUCGACAUCGACGCUAUCUAGGAGACUUCUCUUUUGAUUUUUUUCUCCCUCCCCCAUCUGCUGGCGUCAUUUUACACGGCAGUUGCAGCAACUGAGUCUGUCCAGCUUGUUUGCUGCUCUGCUACCUUCCUCUCGUGGCCCCUUCCCCUUUUUGUACUCGGUGCAAAUUGCUGGCAUGGUGGCAUCUUGAUACUUGGGCUGGCUCUGUCCUCAAACCUUAGUCUUCUUUUUUUUUUUUUUUUCCCCUACACACGGCUUUUUUUUUUGCGAGCUGUUUCCUCUCAGUCAAAGUGUCGAUGACCUUUAACUCUCUCUCUGCACACACGCACUCUUCCUCCACGCCUGUGAACUCUUUGUAGACAGGUGUUUUCUUUCUCUCAUUCUGUCUCGUCGGCGAGAGUAAAGACAAGGCAAAACUUGAGCAGCUUACUUUUCCCCCCCUCAGUACAGUUCGACGCAACUUUACAGAACACAACGCUCACUUGGAUAGAAGUUGUUUGUGAACAAGAAAAGCAGCAAAACAAAUGUUUAGAAUGCUAGUGGAGAGGGGGAACCCUAAAAAUGAAAAUGAAGAAAAAGUCAAGUGCGGGGUUUUAAUGAAUUCGGCAACAUGGUGGUAAUUCAGCGUUGAUAAGUUAAAAAAAUUGUGGCAGAAAAUGAUCUUACAUGUGGGGGGAGAAAAGAAAGGUGAAUGACAAAGAAAAAUGGACUUUUGCUGUUGCAUGACAAAUUUGUUUUCUAGUUAUUUACAUUUAUAUGCUUUGUUUACUUUUAAUAAUAAAAUUUUCUAUUUCAUUUCUCGUUUCGGACGUGUCCGUUUUUUGUCCGCAACCCAGAAUAAGCUGCAAUGCUCUUUGUGCAAUUGCAACAAAAAAUUGUCAUCCUUUCUUCGUCCCCUAGGUAAAUUUGUGUAUGUGGUAUGGAGAAUUUCAUGUUACAAAUAAAGUUUAUUCACACCACUC